AUGGCAGACAAACCUCAGGAAAAAACCUUUCAAUACCAAAAUUCCUUACCGAAACUUGGAGUGCCCGAGCUCGACGCUACCCUCAAGAAGUAUUUAAAAUCAGCACUUGUCGAACUUCCUGAAAAAGACCGGAAAGAAACGGAAAAGGCGGUCGAGGAGUUCCGUUCCAGUCCGCUGGCCGGUCAGCUGCAGCAGGCGUUGCUGGCCCGAAAAGAACAAUUGGAUAGUUGGCUCGAUGACUGGUGGUACGAUGCUUAUUGUGAAAUUCGGGGGCCUCUUGUUCCUUACCUGUCCCUGGCAAGUAUCCAGCCAAGGGCUCCGAGGGCCAUUGGAUCGCAAAUUUGUCGAGCGGCCGAUUCCAUCUACCAUAUGUUAAAGGUGUGGGAGAGCUUGAGAAAGCAAACCUAUCCGGUAAUGAAAAGCCGAGGCGUCAUCUGGGACAUGAAUCAAAACUUAUGCCUGUUCAACGCGGCCCGGGUCCCGCAACGCCCCAAAGAUCAAAUGGCACGCUAUUUCAAGACGGAAGAACAAGGCGCCUGUCCGUCUCAUAUCGUCAUUCUUUGCCGAGGGAAUAUCUGGGAGCUGGAUGUCAUGAAAAAUGGAGCUCUAAAAUCUGUUGACGAAUUGUACAGAGCUUUUGAAUUCGUCAGAAAUAAUUCCACAAAAGUACGUCAUUCCGUUGCGACACUAACCGCAGAGCAUCGUGAUACUUGGGCCGAUAUGCGCAGCCACCUUCAAAAACUAUCCUCCAAAAAUGCAGAAAAUUUGCUGAAAAUCGAGUCGUCAAUUUUGCGGUGGUAC